UGUUGACCAAGAAGAUCAAAUCAAUGAGCAUCAGGGAGUUGUAAAUGAGCAACAAAAGAAUGUUAAUGAGCAACAAAAAAACUUUGAGGAGCAGAAUGACCAAAGCAGCCCAGAGGAUGAAACAAGGGUGCAUGAGUCAAGCAGUACAAGUGAUGAAAUCACUGAUAAAAUUUCUGAAAAGGGAAAAAAUAUUUGCAUGGAAGGUGAAGAUGGUGAGCAAAAUGUAUUGAAGACAAAAAGAAAUGUGAUGCCUGCACCUGCUUUAAAGUCACCAUUUGUGAACAGAGUUACAGAAAUUAAGGCACCACCAACCACCGAAGAGAUCAAGGUAGCUCAAUUUGUGUUUAAGGAAGGCACCGAUAAAAAAGAGUGUUAGAGGAAAAUCAGUUGACUGCUCCACAAACAAGAAGCAAGAGAUUUGUUGAUGCUACAAGGGCCCAGUUCACCAAGCAAAUGCC